CCGAGCACUCGUGUAGAGACGAGCGACAUAGUGUGGUCUAUAUGUUUGUGGUCAUUCCUGCAUUUAUAGCUUUCUACUUAUUUGUUUAUCGCACCACUAACUACACUUUUGUUAAUUUUUCUUGUCAGGAUAAACUCGCCUCAGUGAACUGACGCUUUUCAGGCUAGCUUAGCUCGCUAGUUAGCUUAGCGUGCUAGUUAGCUUAGCUUGCUAGCCGCGGAAGUUAUCAACACAUCGCUAAGCAGAGAAAAUGUGUAAAGUACAAAUGUUGAGAGUGUUGGUGAAUCAGCGACUAAAUGAGGCUGUGGAAGAAAUAUUUGUAGUGUUGGAAAGAACGAUAGCAGAGUACGAAGAUGAACUUUCCCGAACAAAAGAGGAGAAGGAGCGACAACGUCAACUACUGGACGCUGUUUUCAAGAAGCUGCCGAGAACAGACGGCUUUGAAGAAAAUCUUCCGUGGCAGCAGGAGUGGUCUUCCAGGAUGGAGCAGGAAGAGGCACAGCCAGCGCAAACUAAGGGGGAUGAGGAGUACCCACAACCCCCUUACCUUAAAGAGGACAUGAAGGAGCCUCAGCUCAUUCACAUUGAAGAGGAAGAUGAGGAGCCACUACCCCAGCAUAUUAAGGAGGAAGGGGAGGAGCCACAGCACCCUCACAUUAAAGAGGAGGAAGAUGAGGUGCCAGAUUCCCCCAUGUCAAAGAGAAAUAGUCAAAGCCCAUCUACCUUAAAAAUUAAGAGGAUGAGCCACAAACCCCCUCAAAAUAAAGAAGAGGAGGAACACAGCAUUAGUCAAGACGGAGAGCGUCUUAAAGGACUGGAGGAGGUUGAUGUCACCAAGAUGCCAUUGACCGUUGUCAUUGUGAAGAGUGAAGACGAUGAGGGUGAAGGUGAGGAGAAGGGAGAGGUGGAGCCUCCAACUCCACACAUGACAACAGAAGCUGAUGGAGACCACUGUGGAGGAUCACAAGCAGACAAGCUCUUCGCUCCACUAUCAGAUAGUGACGACAUAACGUCACACUCUCCUGACACUGAUGAUGAAGAAGAUGAUGACACUGAGGAUGAAGACUCUAAAGCUGACAUGACACGUCACACUGACAACAAACACUUGAAAUGCUAUUGCUGUGACAAAACGUUUAAAUACCCAUGUCAUCUGAAAACACACAUGAGAACGCACACUGGAGAAAAACCAUUCAUGUGCUCAGUUUGCAGCAAAAGCUUCGCACGAAAGCAGCUUUUGAAAUUACACAUGAGACUGCACACUGGUGAAAAAACAUUAUUGUGCUCCGUUUGUAGUAAAAGAUUCCCUACAAAGCAAAGUUUGAGAUUACACAUGAGAAUGCACACUGGAGAAAAACCAUUCGUGUGUUCAGUUUGUAAUAAGAGAUUCACUCAGAAAGGAAAUUUGAUGAGACACGAGAACACACAUCGGAGAGAAAGUGUUGAGUUGCAGUGUGUGUGAUGAAAGAUUCUCAUAUACCAUGUGGUCAGAAGUUUACAUACACUUGUAAAGAACAUAAUGUCAUGGCUGUCUUCAGUUUCCAAUAAUUUCUUCAACUCUAAUUUUUUUGUGAUAGAGUGAUUGGAGCACAUACUUGUUGGUCACAUGAAACAUUCAUUAAGUUUGGUUCUUUUAUGAAUUUAUUAUGAGUCUACUGAAAAUGUGAGCAAAUGUGCUGGGUCAAAAGUAUACAUACAGCAAUGUUAAUAUUUGCUUACAUGUCCCUUGGCAAGUUUCACUGCAAUAAGGCGCUUUUGGUAGCCAUCCACAAGCUUCUGCUUGAAUUCUUGACCACUCCUCUUGACAAAA